AUGGGCGGCUCCCCUGGCGGCGGUGCUGCCACCGCCACUCCUGGUGCCGCCGCCGUCGGCCGCCGCCGCGCAGCCCUGACCACCGCCCUCAUGAACCUGGCAAGCAUUGUUGAGCGGGCUGACGAAGGCAUCCUGCCCGCGGUCUACGUGUUCAUUGGCAAGUCGCUGGGCGUGGGCCUGUGGCAGCUGGGCGCGCUGACCCUGUGCCGCGCGCUGGUGCAGGCGCUCUCGUCUCCCUUGAGCGGCAUCCUGGGCGACCGCUACGACAGGGCGUACAUCGUGGCGGCGGGGUGCCUGGUGUGGGGCGUCAUGACGGCCGCCAUCGGCCUGUCCCGCUCGCUGGGCCAGGCCAUGGUGUCGUGCGCGGUGAAUGGGCUGGGCCUGGCGCUGGUCAUCCCCUGCGUCUCCUCCAUGGUUGCCGACUACCACCCGCCGGAGACGCGCGGCGGCGCUUUCGGCAUGAUGGGAUUCACAGCCUCGCUGGGCGGCAUGGCGGGCGCAUUCUAUGCCACCAACGUGGGCGCCACCACGCUGUUUGGCAUCGAGGGCUGGCGCUUUGCUUUCCACCUGGUGGGGGGGGUGUGUCUCUUCACCGCCGCCCUGGUGUUGAGGUUUGCGGUGGACCCGCGCCACCUGCACCACCACCCCAGCCUGCACGGGCAGCAGGCAUACCGCGCAGCCGCCGCGGGCAGCGGGCCCACAGCCGGGCGGCCGGGCGCGGGCAGCCCCUCGGGCGGCGCCGCCACCGGCGCCGACCUGGAGCAGGCGGGGGCAGCAGCAGCGGGAGGGGUGCGCGGCGCGCCGCUGCUGGUGCGCCGCCAGGUGUGGCGCGACAUCAAGUCUGUGCUGCGCAUCCGAUCCUUCCAGAUCAUUGUGCUGCAGGCAAGCGGCUGGCCUGCCAGCCUGACCACCGCCCUGCGGCUGGCCUCCUGUGCCGGCAUUGUUGGCAGCGUGCCGUGGCAGGCCAUGGUGUGGUUCACCGCCUUCUUCCAGCUGCUGGGCUUCACCGACCUCCAGUCCGCCUCGCUGAUGGCGACAUUCAGCUGUGGGUGCGCGCUGGGCGGCCUCCUGGGUGGCACGCUUGGCGACAGGAUGGCCCGCAAGUUGCCCAACAGCCCCAACGGCCGCAUCCUCACCAACCAGCUCUCGGUGCUCAUUGGGCUGCCGCUGUCGUGCCUGGUCCUGAAAGGCCUGCCUGUUGGUGUCGACAUGGGCCGCUUCAGCAGCCUGUACGGCUGCGUGCUCUUCGUCUUUGGGCUCUGGUGCGGCUGCAACAACUCAGCGCUGUUUGCGGAGCUGGUGCCGGAGGAGCAGCGCAGCACCAUCUAUGCUUUUGACCGCUCGUUUGAGGGCGCCGUGGGCGCCAUGGGGGCGCCACUGGUGGGCUUGGCGGCGGAGCGUCUGUUUGGGUUCCGAGGGGCGCUGGGUGACAGCAGCAGCGGUGCAGAUGGCAAGAACGUUGCGGCGCUGAGCAGCGCACUGCUGGUGUGCAUGGUGGUGCCCUGGGUGCUCUGCCUGCUCUUUUUCACAGCACUGCACUGGACAUUCAAGGAGGACCGCCGAAAGUCGGUGCGGCGCGGUGGGAAAGAGGAGGUUGUGGAGACACGGGCGCUGAUAGAGACGGCGGCAGUGCGCAAGCGAGCAGACCCCGUCUCGCGAGCCGGCCCUGAGUGA